UGAAAGUCGGGAUUGCGGUAUUGAGGAACUGUGGCAAAUGUCGUUUUAUUUUGAAAGAGCGAGCGGAAAAGCAGUGUUGGUUCACGCCACGAUUUGACAGGCUAACCCGGGAAGUGUGCUGUCUUUUCCUUCUCACAAUAAAAUGUCCUCGUAAUCACGUGCAGUAUUUGGAAGUCCUUGAAAGUCGUGCACGAGUCACCUUGAAAGUCAUUCAUUUCAUCAUCUCCUCUGAUCCGGUUGUGCUAAAAUCACCACCAUGGGAUUUCUUCUCUCCAAGUCCAUGGAUGCAAACUUGAAAAAGCAGCAGGAGUUUAUGCUGCACAACUCAAGACUACAGCUGGAGCGUCAGAUGAUGAUGCAGAACCAGAUGAGGGAGCGACAGAUGGCGAUGCAGAUUGCCAGGUCCAGAGAGUUCAUCAAGUACUUCGGCACAUUCUUCGCUGUGGCAUUCACCGGCCUCACCGUUGGUGCCCUAAAAAGAAAGAAACCAGCCCUGUUGGCGCCUAUCUUGCCCCUCAGCUUCAUAUUUGCCUAUCAGAUGGACGGUGCCUAUGGGACACUUAUUCAUCGAGUUCGAGGGGAGGCUGAGUGUAUCAUGGCGUCUGAAAACCACCGUCUGGACUUGCCUCACGGAACUCCAACCUUCGAUAGCAUAGAGAAGGCCCGACGUGCGAAAAGCAGCCUUGCCUCCUUCUUGGAGAGAUAAUGACUUUGUCCACCACAAAAACAACGCUAAAACCGUCCAUUCAUACUUUUACCUGCUGCUGCUGGUGGGGGUUGGGGGCAGAACACAAAAAGGCCAUUUGAUGCUUUCGGGUCAUAUGAUGUACAUUGUUACUUUUUGUAAGUAGCGGUAUAAUUCAAUGGCUAAAUCAAAAUACAGUAUACCUGAAAGAAAAUGAGAUUUGCAGGAAAUAGCUUGAGUGCAAAACUUAUCCUGUAUUGAACGUUCAUCAUGUGCUGAACUUUAGCAACUUUAAACCCGCUUGGUGCUGAUCGACUUGAUGAAAGGUUUGUUGUCAUAUUCAUAAGACUGCUAUUUUUUGUAUACACGGGUGCAUCUCAAUAAAUUAGAAUAUGGUGAAAAACAAAAUGUGUUUCAGUAGUUCAGUUAAAAGAAAAUAUACUGAAGCAGCUGCUAACGAACAAUCAAAAUAAAUUGGCCUUUAGUGUGUUUAAUAGUACAUGACUUUCACCUUUUAAAUUGGACGACUGUUCUAAAUCAGCUUUUGCACCAUAUUCCAAUUAAUUGAGGUGAACCUCGAUUCAACACACUCCACUCACCGGCCACAACAUUAGGUACGCUUUUUUUGGAGUCAAAACUGUCAGUCCAAUAACUGUUCUAACUUUAUAACCAAACAGGCAUUCUCAACUCAACAUACAAGUUAAAAAAUAUGUUAACUGCUGUAAUAAUAAUAAUACAUGUGACCGGGGCUGGGCAAUAUGGCCCAACAAUGAAGUUUCAGAUUUCUGUUCUCAAAAAUCAGAUUUCCCGUAUUUUACCAAACCAUCUGUUUGUCAUAUUUGGGAUGGAGUAUUGUCUCUAUGGUGCUUCUGUAAACACGUGAACUGUGAAAUGAAAUCGUCCACGCGUUCCUUUUCUGCUGAGAGGCCUGAAGUCGGGUCAUUUGAAUUUCUCAAGCUUAUCUACGUCCCUAGCGAAGAUCUCCCCCCUUCCCUUUCCGCUCCCGAGCCAGCGCUGUCAACAUAACAAACGUGUGCUCUCACAAGUAGUGAGACUUGGGUCCUCUACACGGUGGCAACCAAUCAGAGGAAAGGAGGCGCUCUCUCUGCUUCUGACGGGCAUCCAAAAUGAUGCAAUUCCCAAAAGGGCUGACGGGUGUAAACAAAACGUAUUAAAAAUAAACCGUGAAACAGUGUUUAAACUACAAACUGUGAACAUUUUCGACAACAUUUCAAUUGCACUGGAAUCAUUUUUUUUGGGUGAGUUGUCCGUUUUCUCAACUGAUUUUGCAUCGUUGAAUCUGAAAAUGACAUCCGUUUCUGUUGUUGAGGUCAGGUUUUCAAUGUUACAAACUCUGCUUACUUUAAAUUGAAUAGUAGACACUGAUAAAAGUAAGUACCUGUAAAUUGAAUGUUACGUCACCAUUGCUCAAAAUUCAGGGCAAGCAUCUCCGUUUAUUUGAACUACUAAAGCGCAAAUAUCUGUUCCUAUUAAACAAAAACGUGGCCACGGUCGAAGAAGUUAACCCGAUUGAGCAAAACUAAUGUGAUAUU